GAGUAACACUCCUCCAUGCAGAUGUGUGAAAAUGGGUGGGGUGUAAAGAGGGGUGGUGGUAUAGAGGGGUGAGUGAGGGCCAAUAGGGCAGGAGGACUGACCCCGUGGUGGACGUGUGGUGCUAUAAGAGCGUCGUCUCAGAUUCCUCUCUCAGAUCCUUUCUUCUCUCCUCCACAAACAUGGACUCCUGGAAUUCAUGCCACGACUCCGCGCUGAUGUUCGACUCGUCGGUGAAGCUGGAAUCAGACGAGGACGAGCACGUCCGGGCCCCAGGGGGCCUCCACGAGGCCGGGAGCUGCCUGCAGUGGGCCUGUAAAGCCUGCAAGCGUAAAGCGAGCAGCGUGGACCGCCGGCGAGCCGCCACCAUGCGCGAGAGACGCAGGCUGAAGAAGGUGAACCACGCGUUCGAGGCUCUGCGCCGCUGCACGUCCGCCAACCCCAGCCAGAGACUUCCCAAAGUGGAGAUCCUGAGGAACGCCAUCAACUACAUCGAGAGCCUGCAGGAGCUGCUGAGGGAGCGGGUGGAGAACUACUACAGCCGAGAGAGCGGCUCCGAACCCGCCAGUCCAUCGUCAUCGUCCACCUGCUCCGACAGCACGUCUGAGUGCAGUCCCGUCUGGUCUCAGAUCAGUUUAAACACCGCAGCAGUGUACAGUUAUGAGGCUCAGAGCGUGAGUGGGAUGGACAGAUCUGCCGGAUCUACCAGUCUGCAGUGUUUGUCCAGCAUCGUGGACCGACUGUCCUCGAGGAACACGGACGCUCUGUCCCCGAGUCCCUGCGAGUCGCAGUGCAGCACUCCGGAAAGUCCGAACACACUCGUCUACCACGUCCUGUAAGAGCGACAGAGACGCGCUGUGUGUACACACACACACACACUUGGGGAGGAGCAUCAUGUAUAAAUUCCUGCUAGAGUAAUCUACAAUAUCAUUUCCAGCAUUUUCUUAUGACUUUAAACAGAGAACACUCACACACACACUCUCACACACACACUCACACACUCACACACACACACACUCACACA